AUGUCUAGCAAUAAACGAGAAUCGAAUGGAACAAAACCAAAGAUAGAUACAUCGAAGCCGCAUAAAUCGAGAAGAGCUCUAUCAGCAGCACCAACAGCAGCAAAGAGUACAUCGAGUGCAGGUGAAUCGAAGGCAACAACAACGAAAAAAAUAACAUCGGAGGCAACCAAUUUGGCAUCAAGUGUAGCAGCAACAUCCGUAUCUAAGCCCAAUGCAUCUAUGAUAACUCCUUCGGUAACAAAUGUGUUGGCAGGAGACUCAUCGACAUCAAAUACAAUAACUGCAACAACCAAACCUUCAACUUUCACUGUUUCACUCUACGCACUGAGAUACUUCAUUGAUUCGGACAAUGUAAAAUUGCAAGCAGUUUUUGGUUCUAAACUUGUACAAGAUUUUAAAGAAAUUGCUCGAUUGUCCAAAGACAAGAAGCGGGAUUAUAUUCCAUCUGUGUUUCAACUAUCUGCUAAUAUUCAGAUAGACGUCGAUGAUAUUCCUUAUAUUCUGAUGGGAAAAGUUCGCCAUCGUUGUACAGAUUAUUACUUACAUGUGGAGAAGUCAACUUUAUUUUUUCAGAAUCCUAAAUGUGACGAAAUAGCACGAAGAUCGAUAAACAGCAAAAUUUCAUCCAUUCAAUUUCUUUUUGAUUUACGCUUUCCACCUGGUACUGAUAAAGCUAUUCUCGUUUGUUUAGAUUCUAUAUCAGAUGCUAUUAUAAAUGUUGGCUCAAAUAUAAAAAAUAAAAUAUUUAUUCAAGAGUUCGAAAGAAAAUUUAAAGAAGAAUAUUUUCUUCCAUAUGAAUAUCAAAUAAAAACGAUGCAAACUAUUAAUAAUCCUCUGAUAAUUUUGAUCGAAUUGUAUCAGCGAAAAGAAGCCAGUCAUCUAGUUACACGUCUUCUUGAGAUAUGUUGUGAUGCAAUUAAUAUUACACAUGAUGAAUUACUUCAACAUACGUUGGAAAGACCAUCAAAUAAUACUUUAACAUAUAUUAUAUUAUGCGAAAAUUGUUUUAUAAAAAUACCUAUUCGUCUAAAUAUACUUGAUCAGCUUACAAAAUUCUGGAAUAUAUGGGAGCAAAAAGGACUACAAGCUCGUCAAAUAAGAUGCUGGCAAAUUUUUACUUUCAAUCAACGAUAUUAUUUCAAUGAAAUAUGGAAUAUUGUUGAAAAAUUUGCAAAGAAAAAGUACUCCGUUAAUCGAUUAUUUGAUACGCAAUAUCAAGAAAUGCUUCGGAUAAUAAAAUUGAAAGAAAAUAUUGUUAACUGUCUAAAUGCAUACUGUUCAGAAGAUAGUGACAAGGCAAAUUAUUUAAAACUGCUUCAGUCUAUGCAGCUACAAAUUGAUGACGGAGCAGUACAUGGGAUUGUUGUUGAGCCCGAACUUAAAAAGCUUCAACCUUUAGCCAUUCGUCUUAGUCAUGUUUCAAAAUCAAAUGCCUGGAUGCAUUACUAUACUAAACAACUCGAAAAUAAAUCUAGUCUGCUAACUAUUAAUGUAGAUCUUCCAUCAUAA